AUGUCAACCGGGGCUCGUGCUUCAAGCGUGUCAGAUACCUUUGAGCAGCCUGGCGCCGUUACAGGGCAUUCGGAAGUCGCCAUAGUAAAAGAAUCUUGUCUGCAUUCUCAAAGUCUGGGCAGUUCAUUUCUAAUAUCCGUAGGCAACUUCUUGGAAAGACUCCCACCGGAACUGAGGCUUGAAAUCUACAAGCUUGUACUUCCAGUCGAAACAUGCUUCUCUCAAGAAUGGCAUCUCAUAACGGUAGAAAUAGCUCUACUAUCAACCUGCAGACUAAUCAAAAACGAAGCCUACCCUCUAUUUCUAUUCUCCAAUAACUUCAAAAUUGGCAUCAUAAUACCUUACCCUAAAACGCUUUAUCCUCAGACCCACGCAUUCUUCAAACAUGUACGCGAAGUCACAUUCGAUUGGUACCCAAAAUUAUUGUGGAACACUGGCAAUCACUCUACAGGUCGAGUUUCUGGUAGCCAAAACGUAAAUACAGUACGAGAGCUCUACAAAUACCCCAAACUCCAAAUUCUACAUAUUAUAGGCCACUGGCACAUCCUUGAUGAUAAUUACAUGCGUUUGGUACAUCAUUAUAGAGAAGAAGGAGCUUUACAUGUUUAUCUUGAAUAUAGUGGUCUUGAAGCUUUGUUGGGAAUUCCAGGUAUAAGCGAAAUUACGUUUCGGCAUUUUACGGAUGGGAGGAGAACAAAACAUUUGAUUGCCAUGGGGGAGUAUAUGACAAAGUGUCUUGCGGAUCUCAAGACAGCUCCGUAUGAUCCUACACCUCCGAAGAGACAGGUUUUAUCUUGCAUAAAGGAGGCUUUUAGGGACAAAUAUGGAAGAGAGAGUAGUAGUGAGGAUGAGACAUAA